AGGAGCCCUUUCAUGAAAUUUGUAGCUCAUGCAGUUUCUUUCACAAUCUUCUUGGGAUUGUUAGUUGUGAAUGCGUCAGACCGCUUCGAAGGGGUUAAAACCCUGCCCAACGAGACCUUCACGGACUACCCAAAACAGGUCUUCAGAGUGAAAACGACACAAUUCUCCUGGACAGAAAUGCUCAUCAUGAAGUGGGUCUUAGGAAUGAUUUGGUCCGAAUGCAAGGAAAUCUGGGAGGAGGGGCCUCGGGAGUACGUGCUACACCUGUGGAACCUGCUGGAUUUCGGGAUGCUGUCCAUCUUCGUGGCUUCCUUCACCGCCAGGUUCAUGGCCUUCUUAAAAGCCAGCGAGGCCCAGCUGUACGUGGACCAACACGUGCAGGAUGACACGCUGCGCAACGUCUCGCUUCCGCCGGAAGUGGCGUACUUCACCUACGCCAGGGACAAGUGGUGGCCUUCAGACCCCCAGAUCAUAUCGGAAGGGCUGUAUGCAAUAGCUGUUGUGCUGAGCUUCUCUCGGAUCGCGUACAUCCUGCCAGCCAAUGAGAGCUUUGGGCCCCUGCAGAUCUCCCUGGGGAGGACUGUGAAAGAUAUCUUCAAGUUCAUGGUCAUUUUCAUCAUGGUAUUUGUGGCCUUCAUGAUUGGGAUGUUCAAUCUGUAUUCCUACUAUCGAGGUGCAAAGUACAACCCAGCGUUUACAACGGUUGAAGAAAGUUUUAAAACCUUAUUUUGGUCCAUCUUUGGCUUGUCUGAAGUGAUCUCGGUGGUGCUGAAAUACGACCAUAAGUUCAUUGAGAACAUCGGCUACGUUCUCUAUGGCGUUUACAACGUCACUAUGGUGGUAGUACUGCUCAAUAUGCUAAUAGCCAUGAUCAACAACUCCUAUCAGGAAAUUGAGGAGGAUGCAGACGUGGAGUGGAAAUUUGCCCGAGCAAAGCUCUGGCUGUCCUAUUUUGAUGAAGGAAGAACUUUACCUGCUCCUUUUAACCUAGUGCCAAGUCCUAAAUCAUUUUAUUAUCUCAUAAUGAGAAUCAAGAUGUGCCUCAUAAAACUCUGCAAAUCUAAGGCCAAAAGCUGUGAAAAUGACCUUGAAAUGGGCAUGCUGAACUCCAAAUUCAAGAAGGCUCGCUACCAGGCUGGCAUAAGGAAUUCUGAAAACCUGACAGCAAAUAACAGUUUCAGCAAGCCCACCAGAUACCAGAAAAUCAUGAAACGGCUCAUAAAAAGAUAUGUCCUGAAGGCCCAGGUGGAUAGAGAAAACGAUGAAGUCAAUGAAGGUGAACUGAAGGAAAUCAAGCAAGAUAUCUCCAGCCUGCGCUAUGAGCUUCUUGAAGAGAAAUCUCAAGCUACCGGUGAGCUGGCAGACCUGAUCCAGCAGCUCAGUGAGAAAUUCGGGAAGAAUUUAACCAAAGAUCACCUGAGGGUCAACAAGGGCAAAGACAUUUAGCAGCCUGCACCGGCAUCUGUGACCUCUACCAGCAUUCUAAGGCCAGGUGGGGUGCCCUGGCCACCAGCCCUGGUGGGGAGGGGUCCCAGGCCCACUCCUCUAGGACACUGCGGGGACCCACUGGCUCGGUCCUGAGCAGCCUUGCUGACAUCUGCAGCCUGGUGGCCUUCCUGGACACAGAACUGUUGUGAAUCUAGGCCGUUGGGUAAGAACGGCGACCUUAGGAAGAGGGGAGGAAGUGCUCCAGACACGUGUGGGCCCUUUGGUCCAGUCACAGUGACGUGUGUCCCUGUGGCCAGCACAGGAAAAGGCCUUCUUGGAUGCACACACGUGCCCUCCUGCUGCACACGGACCACAGCUCUGUCUGCAACCCGAGACCACAAACCACCUCAUCCCAUGUGCCCUUCCUCGUUCCCUCCCUGCCACCCACACACAUCCCAACGGAACCGGGAGGUGACCUGUGAUCUAUUCUUAAGUGCCAGCUGAGAACACAGAUAGCCUACUAGCAAAAUAGUUCUAUUUGUUUAUAAAAAAAAAAAUUUAAAAAUCUUAAAUCAAAAAUUGUACUGUAGGUAACACUGUUUAGAGAACAACAAAAUCUAAAUGAUGUAUUUUUACCUUUAUUAAGAUUAUCUUGUAUUUACUAUUUUUACC